AUGGAGGAGCUCAAGGGACUAAACCCUAAAGCACAUAAGUACCUAGAAAAGGUUGACCCUAGAACCUGGUGUAGAGGAUGGUUCAACACAAGCACAAAGUGUGACCUUCUGCACAACAACUUGGCUGAGUGCUUCAAUAACUGGAUCCUUAAGUUUCGGGAUAAGACCAUCUUGACAAUGUUGGAAGGAAUCAGGGGCAACUUAAUGAGAAGGUACCAAAGGAAGAGAGAUGCUAUAAGGGCCAUGGAGGGGAAUGUGGGGCCAAAAAUUAAAGAGAAGUUGGAGAUAGAGGAAGAUGAGGCCAGCCAUUGUACACCAAGUUUUGCUGGUGAUGGUUUAUUUGAGGUUGAUUGCAAGGGCAGGAAGUAUGUGGUCAAUUUGAUCCAGAGAACAUGUGGGUGUAGAAAAUGGGAUGUCUCUGACAUCCCAUGUUGUCAUGCCAUCUCGGCAAUAUGGCAUGGUGGAGGCAACCCAGAUGAUUAUUUGAGUCAUUACUUUGGAAAUGAGAUGUACUUAAAGGCAUAUGCACCCAUCAUUUACCCUGUACCAAGUGAGGAGCAAUGGGUUAGGACAAAUCAAUCAAAGAUUGAACCACCUAAGUCAAGAGCAACUAUAGGUAGACCUAAGAAAGUUAGAAAUAGAGGUGCUGAUGAGACAUCAAAUCCAUACUCAGUUAGAAAGGGUGGCAAGAAGAACCAAUGUGGGAUGUGCAAUAAAUAUGGUCACAAUACAAGAACAUGCACGGUUAGGAUGAGGCAUGUUGAAAGACAACAACGUAGGAGAACUUCCUACAGAGAACAUGCUGCAGAUACUGACUGCAAUCUUGACAGAGUAAUGUUUCUUCUUUGUGAUUGUUUAGCAUACAUUUAG